UAUAAUCAUAGUGACGAGUGAACAUAUUGUGGAUCAAUCAUUUCGUGAAUCAUUCGGAAUAAACAAGUUAAAGGAAACGCGGAUCACACAUACUAUGUGCAAAAUUGUUCACGAAAAAGAUCUUUACAUAAGUUUUUAGAGUCAACCAGAAUUUGAUUAGAUUAAUUUCAGUUCGCCGGUUGGACAUGUAUGAGAUUACAAACAAUAAUCAGUCGGUGCGUACCAGUGACGUUUGCGAUUAAUUGCGUAUGGGUGAAUCGUGACAAAGUUGCAUUCGUGUAACUAACGGAAAACUGUCAUUCAUUUUAUAUUACGCACUUUACCUAAUAUUUUGUGUAUUAUUUUGAGAACGAUAACCAUUUCAAAUUCGUGGCUGUAUUACGUUUUCCAACAAAAAAUCUUCAUUGCUGAAACGUUCGUCGAACUGCAUGAAUGAUACAUCCUUAGGUGUCAUGAUGGAUUACGAGAUACCUCGCGACUUACAGAUGCCUUAUCUGCAAGCAAUUCAGAAGAUACCGGGAGAUACCGCCGGUAAGAAAUUAAGUUGGAUUGGAAGAUUGAUUUUGCAUGAGACCAGCGAGAAUCAUAAACAACUUCCGCCAGAAUUGUUGCCUGUAUUACAUGUAGAAAUUGCCAUCAAGAAGAAGAAGUAUGAAGAUAUAACAUCAGCGCUCAAGAACGAAGAUUCGGUUAUAAUAAAUCGGGCUCUCAAAGCCUUCUGGUUUUUUGACGGUAGCCACAAGAAAAUUGUCAAUGUCGAAUAUUUCCGUGAACGUCUCUUCCCUUAUGUUUCCGUAAACACGAGGACCCGUAUCGUACUUACACUCGCGCAUCGAUUAUCUGGCAAGGAUCCAGUUUUUGCACAGGAAAUGUUCAUGGCGAUAACAACCAUUUACGGCGUUCAAACUGCCUAUCCGUUGAUUAUGGCUUGCGACGAGUCUUUUGCUUAUAAAAUGAUCGUGGAAAAGGAACUUGUGUUGCCUGUAGAAAUUGUUAAAAAAAUCUUUUGCAAGAAUCCGGAUUUGGCAGUGCGUUUUCUUAAAUUAUUAAAACCCCACGAACUAAACACGACUAAGCGCACUCCCUUCGCAAUUGGCAUUGAUAGAUACAAGUCUUUCCUACCUAAAUUAAUAAAGAAACGACUGGAAGAUUUCGUAGAAAUAUGCGAGAUACACGAAACUCAUCCACCGAGUAUUGUUUUGAGUAACACAUGUGCUGAAAUAUUCCUAAAAAAAGCUCAGCAGCACCUGAUAAAAAAGCCGCUUGUGUAUAUUUCCAUGUUACCAUCUAAGAAGAUCAACGAGGAUUUGAUGAAGAGCGUAUUUCCCGGUCUAUUGCCUGUGAAAAUUUGUUCUUUUGAUACAGAUAAAAUGCUCGAUUAUUUGAAACAUUACCCACGUGAUAAAAGAUAUGAUCUGCUCUGCAAAUCGUACAAGAACAAAUAUGAUGCUGAUCUUCUCGACAAAAUAAAAAACGUAACACCUGCCUUAUUACAAUUAUUACCCGUCGAGGAACGAAUCAGACAGGCUAGAAUUAAAAUCAAGAAGCAAAAUUUAGAACAGAACAAUUAUGAAUGGAUUGCCAUGGAAUACGAAACAGCUUGGAUUUGUUACUUAUCUGUUAAUGAAGCCAUACCUGUUAUCAAGGAAAAAAUAAAUAAAAGUCCAAGUGAGACAGAAAGACUUGGUUUUUUCUUGCAAAUGAUUUACGUUUGUAAAAUUAAUAAGGAUGAUGAUGCAUUAUCUGAUGCCUUAACAUAUUUCUUGAACAGACAUAAAAAUGAAAACUCUUGGUUAUUUGAACGAAUGUUUGAUCACUUUUUGCGAAUAUAUGACGUACCUGAUUUAAACAAAAAGCAUGUUUCUCUUAUGUUGGACAUUGUUCGAUUGUUUUAUGUUAAAAAUGGCUUUGUACCGGAAGAUAUACUCUCGGCUAUGAUACAUUUUAAACUUAUCCACAAUAUGUCAAUUGAGGAACUGAUUGACAUGUUUCUAGAAAAUAAUCGAUGGUACAUAAACUUCAAUAUACUCCAAGAAUAUCCACAGUAUGAAAGACAGUGCCUCAUGGCUUUUGCAAAUCAAAUUCAAAAGAAAUCUUUUAAAGAUCUUGAUGAGAAAAGAAACAACUUUUGUCGAUUUGUUAUAGCGAUGUACGAUUUCAAUAAUAGAUGUAAAAAAUUACCCGUCAAGAUAGAAGAAAUGACAAUUCGAGAUUAUCCUUGGCUGAUGGAUACUAUUUUUCAAGUAUUACGCUCCAAGGAAAAGAAUUCCUGGAACGUCGAAGAUAUAUUGGAAAAAAAUGAACCAGAAUUGUAUAGCGGUUGGUUUCCUUCGAAAAAUAUCACGAAUGUGACAUCAGGUGCAGCACUUGUUCUACUGAAAAGAAAUUCACAAAAAGUAUUAGACAAUUGGGAAAAAUUCUUGAAAGACUGCAUGAAGAACUGCCAUCUCAAACGAGUACAACACUUCGUCAGAGCAACACGUUGGUAUAAAGACUUACCUGUUAAAUUUGCUGAACGUUGCAUAAAUUAUAUUUAUGAUAAAAAUACAGAUAAAAUGUCAUCCAGCAUAGUUAUCUUGGCAAUUUUACUUCAUGGUGACGUAUUUACAAAACUGAUCGAUCUCCUCAUACCUACAGAAACGACAGUAAAUACUAGUCAUCCGAAUGCCAAAGAUAACUACAACAUGAUACAAAAUUUACCAUUGAGCAUGAGACUUUCUAAUCCACCAGUACCUAUCGAUCUCGUAGUUAAAUUGUGCAAAGGGGAUUACUUGACAAUAGCUUUGAUGACACUACUAAAUGUAAGUAGAAGGACCUCUGUGCCGAAAGUAAUAUCAGUCGUGCAAAAAUUGAUGAACAUGCGCGUGAGCACGCGAAAGCAUGGUAUUAGGUUGAUGUAUUUAAUAGCUUCUAUACAUGAACUCAUAGAUUUCCUCCAGAAAGCGUGGGUAACCGAGAGUCAUCAUUCAAUACGAAAAGUUUUGUUCGAUACGUUCCAAAAAUUCUUCCUUACGAAGCCAAAUCCCGAAACUUGGUCUCUUUAUUGUCAAGCUAUGUCGAUGUUCAGUCUUAAAGACGAAGCUCUGCUUUUAGAUGUAACGUUAUUUCCUGAGAUCCCAAAUAAAUACGUCGCAAAAUAUCUCGAUCUGUGGCUCAAAACGAUAGACAAUCUAUAUGAAAUGGGAUUGAAUGUCGAAAAGACAAACAAAUACAUUGCUAACUGCUUGUCAACGCUUAUCACACCUGUUUUUCAUUUUCUAUCAGACGAAUUUGCUGAGAAUGUACUUCGUAGAUUUUUAUUUCACAUAGAUAAUGAAGUGUCCUCGGCAGCGAGAUGCUUUACAGUAUCAUAUAUUUUAGAUGAUAAGAAUAAACACACAAUACGCAUCAAAGUACUUGCUGAUGUCUUUCACAAUGCAAUAACAGCUUACUGGAACGUGUCCCAUCCUACUAAAUUACAUUUCUAUCCAGUCAAUAAAGCCGUGCGUCUAUUCGUGGACGAUUUUGUCAUUAAUUUUGUUGAUAAGUUUUGUUUUAACAAGUCUAUUAACUCGGAAGUCAUCGAUAAUAUGCAAAUGAUAUUUUUAUCUAUGUUAUCGCCCCGACAGGAUGCGAAGUCUUACUUAAUGUUAGUGUACGCAAAGAAGUUGCAAGAGUGCACAUCAAUCGAAGAGUCCUUUGGCCUCAAAAUUGGUCAACAAUUGCACGAAUUAAUCGACAUCUUCUCAUUGCAAUUAGUCCCAUUUAUGGCUGAGGUUUUGAACUAUUUUCUAAGCUGCGUAUAUAAACAUUUCGACUUGGAAGAAGUCAAGCUCGGUGUUAUGGAAGGGCUCAUUGAAGCUGGUAAUACGAAUUCCUAUUUUAUGGCUGUGACAAUGUUACCGUCGACCAUUCAAUCAAAGCACAUGGUGAGAUACGAUCGACUUAUCGAAAAGUUUCAAGAAAUGCAUGAAGAGCCUACUAUCGCAACCGUUUUAUACAAUCAUUUAAACGAAACGGACUUAGAAAUUACUGAUUAAACAAACAAACGAAUGAGCUUUAUAUGCGUAUCUUUUGCGAUAACAUUUUCAUAUGACACAUGAUAUGUUAGUAAUAUUAUAAUAUUAUAUUAAUAUUACAAGUUUCAAUAAAAUAUUACAGAAAUUUUAAAAUUA